AUGGCAAAGUCUGGAGAUUCAUCUGACUCCAGGCAAGGUUGCCUCCUUGAUCCCACACAGUGCUAUCUGGACUCCGCCUCUCUCCAUCUUGCAGCAGACUAUCCUUGUGGAAAUACAUCUACAACCACAACUGUGAUAGACAGCAAAAAUGGAUCAGUGCCCAGAUCCCCUGGAAAAGUGCUGAAGAGGACAGUCACAGAAGACAUAAUGACGACAUUCAGCUCCCCGGCAGCCUGGCUCCUGGUCAUUGCUCUCAUAAUCACGUGGUCAGCUGUUGCUAUUGUUAUGUUUGAUUUAGUGGAUUACAAAAAUUUUUCAGCUUCUUCCAUUGCUCAAAUACACAAAGAAAAGACUGAAAAACAAGAGAAACCUGAAAGGAAAACCCAAAUUAAAGUUACACACAGAGAAAAAGAAAAGGCCAAAGGAAAAGAAAAAGAAAAGGGAAAAGAAAAACCUGAAAAGAAAGCAACUCACAAGGAAAAAAUUGAGAAAAAAGAAAAACCAGAAGCAAAGACAGUGGCAAAAGAAGAGAAGAAAGCUAAAACUAAGGAAAAGACUGAAGAGAAGACUAAAAAGGAAGUGAAAGCUGGAAAACAGGAGAAAGUGAAGCAAACAGCUGCAAAAGUAAAAGACGUACAGAAAACACCACCUAAACCCAAAGUCAAAGACAAGGACGAUGAAGAGACUACAGCUGUGUCAAAGCGUGAACAGAAAGAUCAGUAUGCAUUCUGUCGAUAUAUGAUUGACAUGUUUGUCCAUGGGGAUUUGAAACCAGGACAAAGCCCAGCCUUACCACCUCCAUUACCGACAGAACAAGCCUCCAGACCCACUCCAGCAUCACCUGCUCUUGUAGGCAAGUAA